GAAAUCAUCCGGAAGUGGUUCCUAUCCGUUAUGGAUGUUGUACCUGGACGAUAGAAAUUAGACCACCACAAGACGUCCUCGCCUGUCUCACCUCAAAAACAAGCAAAAGGAAACCUGUAACCUGUCCUAGUUUUUGACCCUGCACUCAGCACUGUAAAUAAAGUCUCACAUUUCGACUUUUAAUGCAGUUCUGUUGCCCUAUUCUUCAUUAAAGCCCACUUGUAAACGUGUGAGUGAACAAAAAUAUUGACAAGAUUUUUACAGAACAAAGAUUUUUCGAAAAUAACCGUAUAAUAAAUGUAAAACGGGCUUUAAAAUUACAAUUCGAUUUUGUUUUUUGUGUCCUGUGAGAAAAUAUAAAGAAAUGAUUUCAUAGCAACAUACUUUCCAAAAUAAUUGAUUUACCUACUUAUACCGUAUCUUUAAAACCUCUGAUUAGAUAAUUUUGCCAAUUACGGCAGGUAAAUUUAUUUGUGAGCAGAACAAAUUUCCGCCCAAUCAUCAUCAUGCAUGGUUUAAGUGUGAACGAUCCCAGCUCCUUUUCUAGGCCAGAUUCUGUAGUUGUAACAGACUUAUCGCUCAAUUUGUCUGUAAGCUUCGAACAGAAGAUCUUUAAAGGUUAUGUUGAUUUGGUGGUGCAGAAAGUCGAUUCGGCAGCUACUGAACUUAUUUUAGAUACACAAGAUCUAGACAUUUUUGAAAUUUACGACACGGACUCGAAUGCGAAAUUAAAUUACAUUAUUAAUUCACCCGUGGCGGAGUUUGGAUCUAAACUUUCAAUCACUUUACCUAAUAAAUCGGCUCAAAGUUUAAACAUACGAAUCCAAUAUGCGACUACUGCCAAAGCAAGCGGUUUGCAAUGGCUCGAGCCAGAGCAGACAGCCGGAAAGGUGCACCCAUUCGUCUUUAGCCAAUUUCAACCUAUUCAUGCACGUUCCGUGCUACCAUGUCAAGAUACACCGGCCGUGAAAGCCACUUACAGAGCUUCGAUAACAGCCCCAUCACACUUAACAGUACUGAUGUCGGCAGUUAGGCAGGAUAAAGUUGUAAACGGCGACAUUGCGACGAGCACCUUCGUACAGAAGGUGCCAAUAUGCGCCUACUUAAUUGCGAUAGCGAUCGGCGCAAUCGAGGGGAAAAAGAUAGGGCCGCGUUCCACCGUUUGGGCCGAAGAGAAACUGAUCGAUCAGGCCGUGUACGAGUUUGGCGAGACCGAGAUGCAGCUACGCACCGCCGAGGAUAUUUGCGGACCGUAUGUUUGGGGAAUUUACGACCUACUGGUGUUACCGCCGAGUUUUCCAUUCGGAGGCAUGGAGAACCCUUGCCUUACAUUCGUAACGCCCACCCUCUUGGCGGGCGAUCGAUCGCUGGCAAAUGUUGUUGCUCACGAAAUUGCGCACAGUUGGACUGGAAAUUUGGUCACGAACGUGAAUUGGGAGCACUUCUGGUUGAAUGAGGGCUUUACAGUUUUUAUUGAAAGAAAAAUUGUGGGUCGUUUAACCAAUGCUGAAGAGCAAGACUUUGAUGCCCACUGUGGUACGGUUUCGUUGAAGGAGACUGUGUCUGUAUUGGGCACCGAUAAUCCGCUAACAUGCCUGGUGGUCAAUUUGGAAAAAACUCACCCCGAUGACGCAUUCUCACGAGUGCCAUACGAAAAAGGUCACACUUUUCUUCGUUACCUUGAGAAUGUAGUGGGCGGCCCAAGCGAAUUUGAACCUUUUCUACGAAAGUACUUUGAUCAUUUCAAAUUUAAAACUUUGAACUCCAACGAUUUUAAGGCGUAUUUCGAAAACUUCUUCGCCAAAAACGACAGCAUCAAAAAGAUCGACUGGAAUGCGUGGUUUUAUUCGCCAGGAAUGCCUCCAGUCGUACCGGCAUACAAUACAAAAGUAUUGGAGCUGUGCAACGAGUAUAAAACGAAAUUGUUAAGUAAUUCGUUGUACAAGAAGGAAGAUUUUAAACACUUGGACAUGAAAGUAUUAAUUCACGUACUUCAAGAAAUAUUUGAAGGGGAUCCACAGCCUGUCGAAAAACUGAAGGCCAUAGACGACUUGCUUGGACUCAGUGCAAUGCAGAAUUCCGAAGUAAAAUUUAUGUGGUUGCGUAUUGCAUUGAAAGCGCGCUGGGAGGAGAAAAUCCAAGAAACCCUCGAUUGGAUCAACGUCGUUGGCAGAAUGAAGUAUGUAAGGCCGUUGCAUCGGGAUUUGUACAAUUGGGAAAAAGCGAGGCAACAAGCGAUUACGAAUUAUUAUUCAAACUGUCACACUAUGAUGCAUGUCGUUUCGUAUACUGCACGCAAAGACUUGCAUCUUGUAUAAAUGUACAUAAUGCCAACUGUUAAAUAAAUGCCUUAUCUAAGAA